UGGUUGGUGGAAGACAUAAAGAUGUUGGAGGCAAGAGUGAUCCAUGGGGAGCCGCGGCGAUCAGUAAUUUCAAUCAUUGGCAUGGCAGGCCUAGAAUAUAGAGUCAAGGAGAUCUUGCAAUAUUUAGGCAAAACAAUAUUGGGGCUUGGAAAAGCAGACUUUGACACAAUGAGUAACGAGGAUUUGAAGGAACUCUUGUCAAAAUUCUUGGAGGAGAGGAGGUAUAUCAUAGUGCUUGAUGAUAUUUGGAAAAUAGAAGUUUGGGAUGAUCUCAAAGCAGCCUUUCCAGAUGCAGAGAAUGGAAGUAGGAUAGUGUUAACGACCCGUUUCAAAGAUGUUGCUUUACAUGCUGAUCCAAGAAGUCCGCCACACGAGCUAUGCCUUCUUAGUGAUGAGGAUAGCUGGAAAUUGUUGUCCAAAAAGGUGUGCCUAGAAUGGAACUCCAUAAGAACUUUACCUCCAUGGUCUGAAGAGCUUGGCAGGCAGAUUGUGAAAAAGUGUGGGGGCUUACCUCUUGCUAUUGUAGUAUUGGGAGGUCUCCUGUCCAGAAAAGAAGCAUCCUACAGUGAGUGGCUCAAAGUGUUGCAGAGUGUGCAUUGGCAGCUAACACAAGACCCAACUCUAUGUGCUGACAUCUUAGCAUUAAGCUAUCAUGACUUACCAUACUACUUGAAACCAUGUUUCCUCUACUUGGGUCUUUUUCCUGAAGACUUUGAGAUUUCGGCCAGGAGGUUGAUCUUGCUAUGGGUUGCAGAGGGAUUUGUACAGCCAAGAGGCCAAGAACCAUUGGAAGAUGUUGCAGAGGAUUACUUGGAGGAACUAAUAGGAAGGAGUAUGAUUCAGGUUGCAGCUAGGAAAUCAAAUGGAAGAAUUAAAACAUGCAGUAUACAUGACCUUUUAAGGGAAUUUGCAAUGUCAAAAGCUAAGGAGGAUCGAUUUCUUGAAGUCAUUCAUCAGGAUGUCAAACUUAAGUCCUUUACAAGAGGUCGUCAUCUUGCUGUACACUGCAGAGUUCCUCCUGCAUUAAAAAACACUUCAAAGGUCCGCUCCUUACUGUGCUUUGACCUUAAUGAACCCGUUUUCAGAGAAAUAAAGAAAUUCAAACUCCUGCGAGUUCUUGACUUAGAAGGCAUUCAUAUAGCUAGGCUUGACUCAGCUGUUGGAAAGCUUGUUCAUUUGAGGUAUUUGGGGUUAAGAGGUACAUGGCUAAAAACACUCCCUUCAUCAGUUUGCUAUCUUGUGAAAUUGCAGACUUUAGAUCUGAGAUCAACUUUAGUCAGUCCUAUUCCUGCUGUGGUUAUCAAACUGCAGCAACUAAGACACCUAUUUUUCAAUGAACUUGGGGAGAUUGUGCCAAGCCCACCACCCUCUAGAACAUUUCUUCCAAAUCUCAAAACCUUACAUGGGUUGUCCAUUAAUGGGACUGAAAGUGUAGAGAAUGUUUUAAACAAGCUAACCAACCUAAGAGAACUAGGAUUGUGCGGAGAACUAAAGUUGCAAGAAAAAGCUUUAGGCAUGUGGAUUUUGAACCUGAAGGGUCUCCAUUGUUUGAAGUUGCAUGCAAGAAAAUUAUCUCCUCCUGCUGCAGCCAUCCCAAAGUUGGACUUUUCAUCUCACACUCAUCUCCACAAGCUGCACUUAGUAGGACUUAUGAAUAAGACACAAAAGUUUCCACCAAACCUCACCGAGCUGUCCUUACAAAACUCCUUUCUGACUGAAGACCCCAUGGAAAAGCUGGAGAAGCUGCCAAACCUGAGAGUUCUGAAAUUGAAGCAGUCAUCAUAUGUUGGAAAAGAAAUGAUUUGCAGUAGCGGGGGUUUUCCACAACUGAAGAUCUUGAAACUUUCUUUUCUUUACUCAGUAGAGAUGUGGCGAAUAGCAGAAAAAGCAAUGUGCAAUCUGAGAGAAUUAGAGAUUGUUGAAUGCAAGCGGUUGAAGAUUGUUCCAAGAGGACUAUGGCCUGUAACUAGCCUUUGCAGUUUAAGAUUGGGAUAUAUGCCUCUUGAUAUUGAAAUGAAGGUUCAAGAACGUCAGGGUGAAAACUGGUAUAGAAUUGAGCAUAAACUUCCAUUUUGAGGAAAACAUCUUUGCUAUAGCCUUGAGUCAUAUGUAUCUUAGCCUUACUAAUGUUUUGGUUUUAUCCCCAUGUUAUUGCCUUUUUCUUUUCUUGGCAAGUAAUGUUUUCAAUUACCUUAGAACAAAUAAUUAAACAAGUUGUAGGAAUCAGAUUUCUGGCAGGCAAGGAGAAAAGGGGCCACCAGAGUAAUCUUGAUCUCAUGUUCUCUUGCUCAAAGAACUGCUGCAUUUACGGAUAUCCUCGUUUGGAUUCAGAAAUAAGUUGAGAUGAUUUUAUAUGAGUUGAAUAGAA